AGUACCCAAAACCAAGUUGGUUGUGAGACUCUUAUUUUAGAUUCUUCUUACUGUUUGGCUAUUCUUUGCUCAUUUUCUUGAUUCAUUUCCUCCUUCCGAAGAGAACAAUGGUUUUCGUAGAGGUCAUUCUUGGUGCAUCCGUUGGUGCAUGCCUUCAAGUACUGUUUGACCGGUUAACGAAGCUCAAAUUGCCGAACUUUGCCUGCCGAGAGGGAGUUCAAGAAUGGUUGGAGGAUUGGAAGGAAAAGUUUUCACAAGUUCAGAUGGCGUUUGAAGAUGCACCUGAGGAACAUUACACUAAAGAACUAGUCAAAGCAUGGCUUACUGAUUUCAAACAAUUGGCAUACAACGUGGAAGAUAUUCUGGAUGAGCUGUCCACGGAAGCUAAUUCGCACCGCAUGUUGAUUGACGAAAAUGGGGCUGCAGGCACGAGUAAGGUACGGAAUCUUGUCACUGCUUGUGUUACUGGUUUGUCUCCAAGUACUGGUGUUCAUUUGAAGAGUGUGAUGAGAAAAAUGAAAGAGGACAUCACUCCUCGAUUAGAUGAACUUAUGGCACGAAAAGAUAAACUGAACUUAGAUAAAAAUGUUGUUGGGACGGCAAACACAAGAACAAAGAAAACGCCUUCAACUUCUUUGGUGCGGACCACAGAUCACAUGUAUGGCAGGGAGGAGGAUGCAGAGGCUGUACUUAAAUUAUUGCUCAGUGAUGCUGCUUCAACUGAAGUAAACGUGAUUUCUAUAAUUGGUAUGGUGGGUAUAGGCAAGACAACACUCGCCAAGUAUAUAUACAAUGAUAAAAAAGUGAAAAACUUUUUUAAUCUGAAAGCAUGGGUUUAUGUUUCUAAAGAUUUUGAUGUUGAGGCGAUUACAAAAACAAUAUUACUCCAGGCGCAACCUGAAAUCAACUGUAACAACAUGGAUCUAAAUCGGCUGCAACUCAAACUCAAAGAGGCAAUACGUAGGAAGAGGUUUCUAAUUGUUCUGGAUGAUGUUUGGAAUCGUGACUCUUUUCAGUGGACUCUCCUGUGUGCUCCUUUCGAAGCAAUGGCUCCAAGAAGCAGCAUUAUCAUCACAACUCGUGAUCAAGAAGUCUCGUCACGGAUGACCGCCUUUAAAGUUAAACCUUACAGGUUAGGAUCAUUGUCAAAUGAUGCUUGUUUGUCUCUAUUUGCCCAACAUGCAUUGCAUUCAAGAGAUUUUAGUGCACAUCCGGAGCUUAAAGAUAUUAGUGAGAAAAUUGUAAGAAAAUUUUACUGCUUGCCUCUAGCGGUAAAAGCAGUCGGAAGCCUCUUACACAAUAAGGAAGAAAGUAAGUGGGAUUUAGUUUUAAACAGAAACAUAUGGGAUACAUUGGAGGAAAGUGGAAUUGCUUCAAUUCUUAUGUCGAUUUAUCACCAUCUCCCCUUACAUUUAAAGAGGUGCUUCGCAUACUGUUCUAUAUUCCCAAAAGACUAUGAAUUUGAGAAGACUCAGGUGGUUCGAUUAUGGAUGGCAGAAGGUUUGAUUCAACAAGAAGAGAACAUCGAAAUGGAAGAUUUGGGUAUGGAGUAUUUUGACAAUCUGGUUUCAUGGUCAGUUUUUCAACAGUCUGGCAAGGACAAAUCAAGAUUUCUAAUGCAUGAGAUCGUCAAUUAUCUUGCUAAAUUGGCAGCAGGAGAUACAUGCUUUAGAAUGCAGGAGAGAGCUGAGGGAAAUGAGCAAGAUCAGGAUAAUUUUGAAAAGAUCCGCCACCUGUCUUACUUGGGUGGUGAAUACGAUAGUUUUGACAUGUUUGACGUAGUUUCUAGACUCACUAAUUUGCGUACCUUCUUACCUCUUACUCCAGUCACUUGUUAUCUGGAUUUCCGUGUUCCUCUUCAAUUGUACCCAAGAUUACAAAGGCUAAGGGUUCUCUCUCUAAGGGGGUACGUCAUAACUGAGCUAUCUGAUUCAAUUGGUAAGUUAAAGCUUCUAAGGUACCUCGACCUUUCCAAAACUUCGAUCAGAAGCAUGCCCGAAUCAAUGACUGAUCUCUACAACUUACAGACAUUGCUGUUAGAGGAUUGUUUUCAUUUAGAGAAAUUGCCUUCGAUGUUUGGGAACCUGGUCAACCUUCGCCACCUCAAUAUUCUAGGAGCAACUAAAUUGAAAGGAAUGCCUAGGCAAAUAGGUCAAUUAAAAUUUCUCCAAACACUGUCUAAUGUGGUUAUUGGAGACGGUGGUUGCUUCGGAAUAAAAGAUCUAGCAUCUUUGUCACAUCUUCAAGGGACACUCUGCAUUUCAAACUUGGAGAAAGUGACUGAACUCCAACAUGCAAGGGACGCUGAUUUAAUAAAUAAGACCAAAAUUAGUGUUUUGUCGUUGGAAUGGAGUGAAAGCAUGAGGGAUGGAACAAAUGAGUUAAAUGUACUCAACGUGCUACAGCCUCACAACGGUUUGAAAGUGCUUACUAUUAGCUGCUAUGGUGGUACAGAAUUUCCGAGUUGGUUAAAAAGUCCUUCCUUUCAUGAUAUGGAGGUCUUGACAAUUGAGAAUUGUAAAGAGUGCGAGUCAUUGCCACCAAUUGGGCAAUUACCAGCACUAAAAGUCCUUUCCAUCCGCGGCAUGGAUAAAGUGAUGAAUGUUGGUCCUGAGUUUCAUGGGGCUGGUGUCUCGCCUUUUAGAUCGUUGGAGACUUUGCAUUUCGAAAAUAUGAAAGAGUGGAAGGGCUGGAGUUCUUGUGAAGAAUUCCCAAAUUUAUGUGAGCUUUCACUUAGAAGUUGUCCCAAGCUAUUGGGAUAUAUACCGAAACACCUUCCUUUGCUAAAGAAGGUUCAGAUAGAUGGUUGUGGGAAGUUACGGAUCUUAGUUUCAAACUUUCCGGAUCUCUGUGAACUAGAAGUCGAGGGAUCAAAAGGAGUGGUGGGCAGAAGUAUGGAUGGCAUCAGCUCAUCAGAACUCGGGUUUCUUUCUAAAAGUUUAAGAUUCACAUCUCAAAUAGAAGGGUUUUCAAUGCAGUGGCUCACAAAUGUAGAAGAUCUAACUAUUUUUGCAUGUGAGGAGUUAAAAUGUUUGUGGUCUGUCGUUGAGGAACCAUUGCCACAUCUCCAAUUUCUUCGUCUUCUGCACAUUGAUAACUGUCCCAAACUAGUUUCUUUGGUGUCAGAAGAAGUAGAAGCACGCCUCCAACAGGGUACGCCAUCCAUGCUCACAGAAAUCGUGAUCAAGAAUUGCAUGGUCCUGAAAUCCUUACCAAAGGCAAUGAUGUAUAACAACAAUUGUCUUCAGCUGAUUCGAAUUGUAAAAUGUGAUUCGCUAAAGCAUAUUGCAAGAGGCCAGCUACCACCAACUGUAAAGCGAUUAGAGGUAAGUUACUGCCAGAACAUGGAGAUAAUUUUGCUGGUGGAUAGUGAUACCAGCAGUUGCAGCAGCACCACAUCUCAACUUCAAUACCUGACAAUUCAAUACUGUCCCUCUCUCAAAUCCUUGACAUCAUGCAGAGAGUUACCUAGAUCACUCAAACACCUCAAUUUGUUGGGGUGUCCACAGCUGGAGUCAAUUGCGAACAGGUUUCAUUAUAACUCGUUUCUUGAAUGCAUUAAAAUCUCAGAUAGUGAAAACCUUCAGUCCUUACCCACUGGCAUAAACGCUCUCAGCACUCUACGUGAUAUUGAUAUUAGGAAUUGUCCGAGUCUUCAUUUGUCCUUGGACCGAGAUUUGCUCCCUGCCAACCUGAGAGUACUUCAUAUAUCUGACUGUGUGGAGGUGUCGGCCCUACCCGAAGCCAUACACAACCUCACCUCCCUUGAAAAAUUGACAAUGCACCAUUGUUCAGUAGUUCCUUUUCCGAAACCAAAUCUUCUCACCAACCUAGCAUCACUUACGAUAUCUCAUGUCAGAAACAGUACUGAUGCCUCUUUUGGGUGGGGGUUGGACAAUCUUAUCUCUCUUAAUAAACUUGAAAUUAGAAAAUUUGAGCCUGUGUCCUUUUCAAAGAUCAUGUUUCCUGCCUCUCUAAAAAUCCUCACCAUCUCAGACUUUCCGAAUCUGAAACAUCUAUCUUCCAAGGGCUUUUCAAAACUCGUCUCUCUUAAAGAACUGUAUAUCUCUGAGUGCAGAAAGUUAGAGUUCUUUUCAAAGGAUGGCCUACCUCCCUCACUUCUGAAACUUUGUCUCAUUAAGUGCGAAAAGCUACGGUCCUUUCCAAAAAAAGGGUUGCCUCUCUCACUGCAGGAACUUUACGUCUUUCAAUGUCCCAAGCUGGCAAAACGUUGCAACAAAGAUCAAGGACGAGAAGGGAGAAAGAAAGCUCACGUCCUUCGCGUUCAAUUUCAUACAAAUCUCAAUCGAAGGCCAUCCGAUCCCCUUUGAAUCAUGUGGAUAUUGAAGGCAUCCAGUCGCUGCUAUUUAUUGCUCCCAAGUCUGAUUGGUUUUGCCCAAAACAGAUCCAAUAAUUUUUAGUCAUCACACCCUUAGCAUUAAGGGAAAACAUGAAGAUAGUCUUCCUCGACUAGAUAUUGAUGAUCUCCUUUGCACCGAACUGCAUGAUAAUGAACUGAUCAUGAAGCAAAUGAAUAAGAAGAGAUGGUUCAAAACACUGGUGCAAGUGCCAUCUGAAAAUUGCAAUACGCGGAAGUACUACACUCACCGUCUUUGCCUGAAGUGAUCAUAACCUUCACUUCAAAUUUGAUACUCAGUUGUAAAUACUGUGGCGAAAGGGUGCGUAUGUUUAUGCAUUUAUGCCUAUUCUGAUAUUGGAGGUUGCCUGUUGAGACUCGACAGAUCAGACCUCUUUGUUCAUGAAAUAGACAUCCAUUUAGAACAUUUCCUAAAUAUCCAGAGGUGUGCAACUCCAGUAGUUAAUUUGCUCUGUUAAUAUUUGCCUAUAUUGUUUUGUUUUUCCUCUGUUUUUUAUCUGAAUGAUUGCAUUGCUUCGUUUUCUGCCAAAUGGUGCACUAAUUACGAAAGAAUUUAUUAGCACUUUUAUUGAAAAUCAGCAUUGCUGAUUA